CUCACAAGUGCAAAAGCCAAGAAAGUUGAGUGACCGGGACAUGCUGUGUCCAAGAGAGAACGGCUCAUGUUUAUUUAUUUAAUUUGUUUAUUUGUUUGCUACUCCCCGACUUCACUACUCCAAUUGGACGUGAGCAGGCAUGUAUCUUUUGGCAAGUAGCUUCAGACGGCCCUGGCUCCUGGUCGUGGUCCUGGGGGUCGUCCAUCUGGUCGUGGUCUUGCUCCACGUCCUGUGCCACAUGGAAAUCAAGUCGUUUCUGCCAUUUUUCAACACCGCUUCGCUCAAAGUCACCAGCCUGCCGUCAGACUGGAGUAUGUAUGACGCAAACUCAGCGACGGAAAUGGACAAACACAACGUGUCGGGGGCGGCAGAGGGCCAAAUCUCAGGGUUGUCGAUUUGUCCGAAAUAUCCUCCACAUUUGGUUGGUCGGAUGAACAUAAAUUUCACACAACCAAUAAGUUUAGAGAUGGUGCAGAAAGUCAACUCUGAGGUCGUGGAAGGGGGUCGCUGGUGGCCCAGAGACUGCAUUGCCCGGCAGAAGGUAGCAGUCAUCAUCCCCUUCAGACACCGUGAGUUCCACCUCAAGUACUGGCUCCACUACCUCCAUCCCAUCCUGCAGAGACAGCAGCUGGACUAUGGCAUCUAUGUCAUCAAUCAGUAUGGAGAAACGACAUUCAACCGGGGCAAGCUGAUGAACGUGGGCUAUGCAGAAGCCCGGAAGCAGUAUGACUACAGGUGCUUUGUCUUCAGUGACGUGGACAUCGUCCCCAUGGACGACCGAAACUUCUACAAGUGCUACAGUCAACCAAGGCACCUUUCUGUGGCUAUCGACAAGUUUGGGUUUCGGCUGCCAUACAUGCAGAUCUUUGGUGGUGUGACGGCGCUGAGCCUGGAGCAGUUCACGAAGAUCAACGGCUACCCCAACAACUACUGGGGUUGGGGAGGAGAAGAUGAUGACAUCUCCCAAAGGGUCUCCAUGAGGGGCAUGUUCAUCUCCAGGCCUGAUGGUCAAACUGGGAGAUGCCGUAUGAUCAAACAUCAUAAGGAGGCUCACAACGCACCCAACCCUAAGAGGUUCGACAACUUAAGACUCACUGGACAAACCAUCAACAGCGACGGUCUCAGUUCUCUGCAGUACCGUGUCGUGAGUGUCGAGAAGAACCCUCUUUACACGAACGUCACAGUGGACAUCGGCAGCCCAUGAACUUUUGUCAAACAGCAUGAUGCUGCUGCAAUAACCUGUUUUUGGUAACCAUGCCAAAAUUAAAUGGCCUACAUGUAGACAAGAAAACCAUCUGUACACACUGCAACACUACACAAACAGACUUCACACCCACAAAUCUAAAACACCUUUGCCCAAAGUGCAAAUUUCUCAUGCCCACAAACAAC